CUCCAGUAUCGUGGUGGCGGCAGCGGGUGGCGGUGUGUACUGGGAGGCGGCGGCGGGUGGACUGCGCGAGGCCACUCUUCCUUGACUAGCCGCCUUUAACCCCCACUGUGAUCUGUCUCGUUGGAGUUCUCGUCUGUCGCUCUCAGCUGCCGCUAUCAAGACGGCCACGCAUAAAUUCUUGAGUUGAAAGAGUUUUCAGAAAGUCUCGGCGUAGGAGAAGACACGGCUAACACACACACCACACAAACUAUAUGGAAUUCUCCUUUAGCUUACAAUGAAGUAGAAAAACCCCAAAGAUUACGUGGAUUAAAGAAGAAAAGUAAGAGAAAACUAUCUAUCAUGAAGACAUAAGGCACAUCACCUGCACACUCUCUCAUUACCCCCGCCAGGUGUGGACUGAAAGGUAACAUCACAGCCGCGUAUCGUGAUGAAGUGCAACAUUAACCACUGACAUCAACUCUUAACUUUUUUUUUUUUCGUAUUUUGAAGGCGAUGAAAGCCCGAGUGAAUUGUGAGCGGGGAGUGAGUGAGGUGGUGUUGGUGGUGGUGGUGGUGUUGGUGGUGGCCUCCUGUCAGGGUGAGGCUCUGCAUAAUCCCCAGCAGGAAAUUCUCUCUCGCUAUCCUGGACAAGACGACUACAUCAGUCCAACUUUCCCCUCGAGAGCUGGAGUAGGCGGCCGUGCUACCCUCCCCUGCAAUCUGACCUCCCCCCUGCCCCGUGACCCUGCCAGCCUGGUCCUCUGGUACAAGAAAGGGAUCCACAAGCCCCUGUACAGCUACGACGCAAGGGGAGCUAGGCCAUCGCACUGGGUCAACCCGAGUGUUCUGGAGUCCCGGGCCUCUUUCCACCCCUCCACCGCCACCCUCACUAUUCAGAACAUCCAGGCUGAGGACGAAGGAACCUAUCGCUGCAGGGUGAUGUUCAAGAAAAGCCCCACACUCACCUACACCACCAACCUCACUGUUAUAGUACCGCCACGUCGCCUGGCGGUGUACACGGAGCUGGGGGUGGAGGCGCGGAGCAUUGUGGGUCCCUUUACAGAGGGCGAGACGCUACGCUUAGCAUGCAGAGCCACAGGAGGGUCACCGCCCCCGACGGUCACCUGGUGGGAGGGAUCGGCGCUCCUGGACAUGACCUCUGAGGUGGAGACGUUCGACCUAGUCACGAACAGACUGGUGGUGUCGUCUUUAACGCGGCGGGACCUUCACCGUACCCUGACCUGCCACGCAAUGAACUCUAACCUGACGCCGCUCGUCACCACCGUCACCCUGGACAUGAAUUUCGCGCCUCUGUGGGUUCGCCUCCUAAGCAGCCGUGAUCCUCUGAGCUCCGGCAGGACUUACAAGGUGGUGUGUCAGGCGGCAGGUGCGCGUCCCCCGGCCACCAUCACUUGGCGACUCGGCCCCACCAGACUCAACACUCACACGGACAAGGUUAGUCAUGAGGGAAACGUGACCACCAGCGAGCUACAGUUUACUCCUCAAGUCGGCGACGUUGGGAGGAUGCUGAGUUGCGAGGCCGUGUCCCCGUCAGUUCCCACGCACCCUCUCGUUGACGACUGGCUGCUUGACGUCCAUUACGUUCCCAUGGCCAGUCUUCACGCUGGACGCUCCCUCAACUUAAGCAACAUUGAAGAGGGAGAUGAUGUUUACUUUGAAUGCUCCAUCAAGGCAAACCCAAGAGUGUACAAGGUUGUUUGGCGUCACGAGGGCACGGAUCUGCAUCACAACGUCACGGCGGGGAUCAUCAUCAGCAACCAGAGCCUCGUGCUGCAGAGAGUAACACGUGACGCUUCAGGGAAUUACUACUGUGUGGCCUCUAACAUAGAAGGUGACGGCCAGUCCAACCCGAUCCACCUCAGAGUCAAGUACGCGCCUGUGUGUCGUGAGAUGCACAUGACCUACCACGGGGCCGCCAGGCUGGAGCAAGUCAACAUCCCGUGCCACCUGGACGCUCACCCACCCCCGCUCACCUACCGCUGGACCUUCAACAACAGCGGCGAGAGUGUUGAGAUUCCCCAGGAACACAUCAAGGUGGGCGUGUCUGGCUCCACGGUGAGCUACACGCCCAACACGGAGCUGGACUACGGCACGCUGCUCUGCUGGGGGAGCAACGUGGUGGGGGAACAGCGCCAGCCUUGUGUCUUCCACGUCUUCCCCGCUGGCCGCCCUGACCCACUGCACAAUUGCUCCUCUUUCAACCUGUCCGUGUCCGUGGUGCACGUGCGCUGCGUGGCGGGGUUCGACGGGGGCCUUCCGCAGACCUUCAUCCUGGAGCUGCGAGACCCUCACUCCGGCGCCCUGAUUGCCAAUACGACCAACAUGGUCCCUUUCCUCUCUGUCGGUGGUCUGCCUCCGGGCCUGGCGUUCAAGAGCCGCGUGUUCUCCACCAACGCCAAGGGCCGCAGCGAGCCAGUCUCCCUGCUCGUAUACACGCUCAAGGACGUGGCUGAGAAGCGGACAGCCGCAGUGAAGCCCUCGCCGGACCAGGGACAGGGCGCGGGGCAGAUCAGUCUCACGCCCAUUAUUGCCGUUGUCCUGGGGGUGGUGGGCGGCCUGCUCGUGGUGAUGCUUAUCCUCUGCGCUGUGGUGAGGCUGCGGUUCGGAAGGAGGUCAGGGGCGCAGUGCGGGCGGCAAGUGGUGAGGGAGCAGGUGGAUGGGGAAGGGGAGACCAGCCCACUGCGUCACCCUAAAGUCGUGCCCACUACCUUCCAUGAUUCUAGUACGCCCACCCCGCCCCCCGUCACCUCCAGGGACCAGGAUGAGAAGAACCCUGAUGUUAUUCCCCUUGGAGACCCCGAGACUUGGCUGAUGGAGGGCGUCAACACCAUCACCUCCCCGUCCAUCCUCUCCACCUACAGCUCUAUGUCCAGAAACCAGCAGCGAGUGUGUUCCUCCCGCGGCGAGCAACAGGCGGCGCACUCAGAUGGAAAGAGGUCGCCUUGCAAUACUGGGGACGUGCACUACGCUGAGCUGAUGCUGGGGGCCGGUGGGGGUAGCCCUCAGCACCAGGAGCAGCAGCGGGGCGCGUCACCACUGUACGAUCCCCCGACCACCAGCAAAUCACACCAGCACGAGCCUGAAGGAGUGAUUUAUGCGACUCUCGAUCACGAACGAGGCCACGGCACCCACCCCGCCUCCACCCACCUCCUCCACCACCACCAUCCGGCCUACACCCAGCCAGUCCUCCUUCCCCACACACCCUCUCACCCACGCAAGAUCCCCAGCAUGGCGGUCAUGGGGCCUGUGAAGAGUAAGGAGCUGCAGUACCCCCUGUGGUCCUCGUCAUCCUCCUCCAUAGAGCGAUGUGACGCCCUUAUAGGAGACCCCGAGGCAGUGAUCCCUUUCCUCCCAGGCCAGAAGGAGAGUUCAGUCUAGGGGCGCAGCUCCCACCGCGGCCCCCUCAAGUCGUCUCGUUUUAUGAAGAUGACUCUUCACUAUUUCGAUGUACGUAUAUCAGCUGUUGUAAUAUAUCACUAUUAAAAGUAUACAUACAGUGACAGGUGGUGACUCGGUAGUGAGUGCGUGUCGUGUGUAUCGUUGCUGUGUUUCUUCCAGUUAAGACAAAAAAGACAAUGAUUAAAUAGCAAAGUCACAGCUUCCUAAAGGCGACUCGCGGUGUUGGUAGUGGUGGUGGUGGUGGUGGUGGUGGUGGUGGUGGUUGUGGUGGUGGUGGUGGUGGUGGUGAAGCCUUCCCUUUCGUGUGGGAGCAGACCCUGAUAUGAAGCCCACCCCGCCAGCUCCUCAUUCCUGCCUUGUCCUCGGGGUGACUCGAGCACCGCCUUCAGCAAGACAAGGGUGUGUGUGAGGCUGCAGUAUUCACCCCGAGCAGAGGCGCGUGAGGGACUUUGAGGAAGACACAAGCACCUCCCUUCCACCUCCUCAUACACCCUCAAGACGCUCAGGUGACGGAGGCAGGGUGGUGAGAGAGAGAGAGAGAGAGAGAGAGAGAGAGAGAGAGAGAGAGAGAGAGAGAGAGAGAGAGAGAGACGCCUCCAUAUUGCUAUGAAGAGAUCAAGGCGUCGACAAGGAACGCUCGUCACAGCAGUGUAGACAAGACCAGCUGUUUACAAGACGCAGGUGUCAGCUUUUAUUUGGUCCCCGGUGACACCCGCUUAGAGAAAUACAACACACUUACGUCAGGAAGUGUGGCGGACCGGAAAAUGCACCAGGAGGAGGAAGAGGAAGAGGAAGAGGAAGGGAAGGAGGAGAGAACGAUAGAAGCACACCGGGGAAGAGAAGGGAAGCAUUUCAAUAUAUUCAGUAUUAUGGCAAGUGAAAUUUAUUGGAUAUUAGCUGUUGGGAAGAAAAUAUAGCGUAUCCACUGAAUCCGGCUGGCAGCGGUUCAAAGGAAUAAUGACAUAAAUUCCUAAAACUGGCGUCAUUAAUGUCCGCUGCGUGCGUCACAUUUUGCAUCAACUCCACGAAAACAAUUAGUCAGUAAUGUGGCCUAAGUACGGAGAGAGGAGGCAGUGGAAGGGAGCGGAUGUUUGGGAUGGGAAGUCGGGGGUAGCUGGGAUGUGUCGCAUUUCUGUGCUGACAGGGUGAUGGUGGAGAUGAGGUAGUGAGACGGUGAGGUGUAAUGGGAGGAGAUAGGGUGAUAGCGUGUUCAGAAGCGCUUUGCUUUCUCACCACGACUAUUUUCCAAGGCCACAGAGAUGACUAGCGGGGUUUUCAAGAGUGUUUCCUCAGUUGAUAAUGUAGAAUUCUUGUCAAUCUGCCUCUAAAACCGUAAAAUUACCUAAAAUCUCGAGCAAAUUUAGAUAAAGCCUUUUGAAAUAUUGGAGUUAACGCACAGAAGUGUUUGAGAAUACGAGCCAAGGUUAGGUUUGAAGGAGUGAGAUGCUAGCAGGAUGAGAUGUGCCGGGGUGACGAGUGAACGGAUUUAAGUGACACGGGGUGAAGUGUGACAGAAUGAGAUAAGCUGGAAAAGGAUGUGAUAGUAUGAGAUGUGUCAGAGUGAAAUGAGACAGGGUGUAGUGUGGUAGGGUGUAGGGUGGCAAGGUGCAGUGUGGGAGGGUGUAGUUAACCAUAGGCGAAAUAAACAGGGCGAAAUUAGCAGUACGAGUGUGGUGCUGAUGUUGGGUAGCAUGGUAGGGUACACCCAAUAUGGCACUAACAUCCUCACCCACCCACUCACCCACCCACCCAUCCACUCACAGUACCUUUACUCACACCCAGGCAGGAGACAGACAGUGUUAUCAUGCUGGACUUGGCAUCAUUGUUAGCCUGACAUGGAAGUAUUGGUAUUGGCAGAAUGAUAUUUAGUCACGUGCUGUAUACACUGGCGGGUUUUGCAACGUUUAUGAGUGAGAUAGGAUUGUUUGCACACUGGAACGCGCUACAAUUAACAUCUUAUUCAAUAUACGUAUGGGAUUACUAUAUUUAAACUACACUGCCACUCACUAACAUCACAAUAAUUAACCUAUUAAUACUAACAUUUUAUUUAACGGAUACGAGUUUAUUAUGUUUAAAUUUGCCUUGUCAUUCACUCCCACUAUGAAAUCUAUUACCAUUAGCAUUUCAUUUGACGUAUAUGGGGUUACUGUGUUCAAGUUUGCCUCGCUGUUCAGUUAUCGUCCCGCCCUGAUAACGAGUAACACUGCUACCUUACUGAACGUUUACUCCGUUGCUAUAUUUGAGUCUGCCCCGCCGUUCACUACUGCUGUUAUGAAAGCUGUUAACAUUACUGUCUUAUUUGGCGCUUGUGAACGACCUUUACGUUUGAAAUUGUCCUAUCGUCCAGUAUUGCAGAGAAAACAGUAGCACCUUACCACACACACACACACACACACACACACACACACACACACACACACACACACACACACACACACACACACACACUACACGUAUCUAAAAGCCACAAACAAUAACAUAUCACACCACACACACAACAACACGCCUUUGACGCACCAAAACACGUGAGACAAAGGAGCCAAACCCAACACCUGGCCAGCGUCAUACAAUUUCAGUAAUAAAUCAAGCAAUCAAUGGUGAGCGUGCGCGUGAGGUGUCUAAUUCUAGUGUAGGCGGCUCGGCAGGACGGCAAGAGGCAGGGAACAGGAUACGGGAAAGGAGAUGGGACAGGACAGGGCGAGAAAGGGACGGGGCGUAAGGUUCCUGCUGGUGGAGAGUGCAGAUGCCAACUAUCCACUCAUCCACUCAUCCACAGUAAUUCAAUAAAGCACUCCAGGCAAUUAACUGUCCUCACGCAGGCGACACGUGCUGCUUGGCGGGCCCCGGUGCGUAAGAAUGACGAGAUGAUCAAUGUCUUCACUCAAGGAACUGUGUGGUGUGAUAGAGGCGUCACGCGAGGCACCGGCUGUGGGAAGGCGGAGGGGCGCUGCUCUCGCUUCGCCCACCGCUACGGGAACAAAUUUUGUACGGUGUAUUUUUCCUUAAUAAAAUCCAUACAAAAAGAAGA